AUGUCAGCGACAUUUUCCAAACCUCCGUCGUCGUGGUCGGUGGCUUGGUCUCUUGCUGCCGCUGCCUUGCUUGGCAGUGGCCUCGCCGCGGUUCUCCGGAAGAAGAAGAAGAAUCAGAGAACAAAACACCACCGCCUUGAUUUGGAGAAGUUGAGUCGACUGAUAGACCAGUCUUCGUGGUGGCAUUGCUGGAUUGGCUCUAGCUCGAACACAUCGUAUUGGCUGCAUCAUGUUUCUAUCCCCAUUUCCAAUCUACCAACAGAUCUCCGAGAUACGGCCAAAGCUACAGACGAAGGACUGGUGGCUUGUCAUGUGUUGAUUGAGCACGGGAAGAUCGCAACCGUACUUGCUGCUUCGGGACAGGAUGAUGAUGAUCUACUCGCGACAACGCCCAAGAGUAAACUUGUGCAAGCCCACGGUUGCGUCUUCGUACCGUGUUUUGUGGAUGCGCAUACGCAUCUGGUCAAGACUCAAGUCGUUCCUCGUUGUCGCAACAUGACAGGAUCAAUGAAUGAAGCCUGUCAAGUGGAAUUAUCGGGUGAACGGUACAACUGGACAGAUGUGACUGAUGUACAACGACGUAUGGAAUUUGGUAUUCAAUGUGCUCGACAUUAUGGUACACGUGCUAUGCGGACGCAUUUGGAUGGGACCGCUACGUUCGACAGUCCGGCCAUCAUACAAGCCGUGUAUGCAGCAUAUGAUACCAUGGUGGAGAAGCACGCCAACGAGAUUACAUUGCAAGGAGUUGCCAAUCUGUUCCUGCCCUUGUGGUUGCAGGAACCUCUGGCCACCGAUUUCGCCAAUCAAGCGGCCACGCAUUCGGGGGUUGUUUUGGGAUCGUAUACGGGAAAUCCAUCCAGCGAAGAACGACCGCAGACAUGCGAGGCCAUGAAAGCUUUGUUCCGGCAUGCGAACCGUUUGGGUAUGGAAGUUGACUUUCACAUUGAUGAAGCCAAUGAUCCAUCCUGCUGCGUACUCUUGUGCCUGAUUGAUGCUUUGCAGUAUGCUCGUCGUGAACUCGGCUACAAAGGCAAGGUCGUGCUAGGUCACUGUUGUUCUUUGUCAUUGCAAAGUGAGGAGAGGCAAGUGUAUAUCUGUCAACAGCUUGCCCAACUUCAAGACGUACAUAUUAUCGCCAAUCCUUUCACCAAUGUGGGAUUACAAGAUCGGCGAGGCUCAUGUCUCCCCUUCGGCCUCGAUAUCCCAGCAGCGGUGCCGCGGACGCCUCAAUGGCGUGGAUUGACCCUGAUACAAGAGUUAGAUGCCGCUGGUGUGGCCUCCGUGUCGGUUGCUUCUGACAACGUCCGGGAUCACUGGCACCCCUACGGGGACUUUGACCUGUUGACGGUCUGGACUCAAAGCUUGCUGCUCGGGCAUCUAGAUACGGCUCCAUCCGCCGGGGCCUGGGCUCACAUGGUGAACGACUCUCCGGCAAGAGCCAUGGGCUUGCUUCCAUCGCAGAACUCCUCGUGUUUCCAAGCAGGUCGGUCGGCCGAUGGGAUUCUCUUCCCCAGUGCGCGGCGGAUAUCCGAGCUAUUGGCCCGACCCCAGACUGAUCGGAUCGUGCUACGAAAGGGGCAAAUUCAAAUUUCGCAGCUUCCCGAUUUUGCAGAUUUGGAUGACUUGGUCGCUGGCCCAACAUCGCACCGCAGUGGGGAGUCCCUCCACACGGUGGGCGCAGUGGUGUUCCUGGCGAGCUGCGCCUACUUCUACAGCUAUCACUGGGGACGCAUGUUCAGGCACCUCCAGGAGGGCCGCUUCCGCCCCUACUUUGCCCUGGGCUUGGCGAGCCUCACCUUUGUCCAUGGCCUCACUGUGGGCCACAUCUGGAAGAUGAUGGAGGACCCUGGCUGGUACGACACCGUGCAGAAGAUCUACCCUGACCAGUGGCAGUGGAUUGCUGACACCCGCCUCGCCGAGCUGUACCUGACG